GAUUUCUUACGAAGCAUUAAACUGCACAAUGAUAAGGUUUGCUCAUACAACAAAAUGAACUUAAUUAUUCGUAGAGUGGUGAAAUGAGUGCAACGCUUAGUUUAAAUAAUUUAUUUUUCAUCUAAAACUGCUAAUCUGUCAGUAGGCAGUUUUGGGGGAAAAUGGCUUUACCGUUUCGAUUCGACGUAAAAACUAUCAUUGAAGAUGGACGAACCACAGAACGUGACAUUAAUGCUAUUAAAACUUGGUUGAAAACAAAGUCUUUGCCUCCACUUCAGGAACAAUUCAUCGUUUUAUUUCUUCUAUCGUGCUUGAAUGAUCUUGCUUCUGUUAAGAAUACAAUAGAAACUUACUUCAAAGUGAAGAAUGAAGCACCACACAUUUUCAACGAUUGUGACUUGGAGAACACGGACAUGAAAAAAAUCUUAAGUGUAGCGGGAGUUUGCGUUAUUUCGACAAGAAUGGAUAACAACACUGCGGUUAUCAUAGUAAAGCUGAUUGAUACAAAUUAUCGCAACUGUGAUGUUAUAUAUUUGAUAAGGCUGGGUAUCAUGUUGCUACACCUUAGCCAAAUUUAUGAUCCUCCAAAUGAAGCUAUUCUGGUUAUAGACAUGAAAGGGGUUGGUUUCAUGCAUCUCACGUGCGUGAAAAUGAGAGCAAUAUCAUCGGGACUCAAGUAUCUUCAGGAAGGAGUGCCUCUAAAAGUACGAGAAACCCACAUUUUGAACGCUAACUAUAUAUUGUACCGAUUCAUAGACUUAUUUAAAAUAUUCAUCAAAAGCGAAUUGUUGACAAAGGUUAAAGUACAUUCUGUUGAAGAAGAUUUUCAAAAUUUCCACAAAUAUGUACCUUCGUCUGUUCUACCGAAAGAAUACGGUGGAGAAUUGGCUUCUUUUGAAGACAUUAUGAAAGAAACGCUUCAAGAGCUUGUGCAAAACCAGCCAUUUUUUAAAGCUGAAGAACGACUGAGGAAAUUUUAGUGGUUACGAAGACGAUAGAAUUAUUCUUAUUUAGCUGUUAAAGUUUCACUUAACGGGUGUACAGUAAAAAAUAUAUUUGGAGUAGACCUUGGAAA